AUGGGAGAAAGAGAAGCCGGUUCCAGCAGCAGCCUAGCAGGUGGUGGUGAGAAUCAAUUAGAGAAAUCAGCAAGAGGUGAUCCGGGCGAAGAUAGAGAGAGUUCAGCAAUGCUUCGUGAGGUUAAAGAUAACAGUGGUUGCUAUGAUCCUCUGGUGGUUUCAAUCGGUCCUUACCACUCUGGAAAUACCAGGCUUGAGUUAAUGCAGCGGCACAAACGUACAAUGGCGCUCCAGUUUGUAGAUGGGGACCUGAAGUUGCUGGAAGAGUUGUAUCAGAAGGUCAGGUGCGUGGCGGAAGCUACAAAAAAAUGCUACACUGACCAGAGCUCCGUCGCCAAGUUCAACAAAGAGGAGUUUUCUCAGAUGAUGUUUCUUGAUGCCUGCUUCAUCCUCCGGUUCAUCUACUGCCUUGCAAAAGAUGAACAAGAGGCUUUGAAGAUGAACAAGAGGCUUUGA